AUGUUCGCUGGCCCAGCCCCAUACAAACUCGAGGUGCAACAAGCUAAUUCCUGCAUCCAGCGUGCCCAAGCCGCAUCGGCGGCCAUUCAUGCCAUGAAUCCAAGAGUGCAGCUCCGAAUUGACACGGAUGACGUACGCACCAAGCAGGCCGACUUCUUUGGACAAUUCGACGUGACCAUCGCCACGGAACUUGACUUCGCGACCUACACCACUAUCAAUGCUGCAUGCCGAAUUGCGAACCGCCCAUUCUAUGCAGCGGGGCUUCACGGCUUCUACGGGUUCAUCUUCGCCGACCUCAUCACGCACGAUUUCGUUAUCGAGCGGUCAAAGUCCAACGCCCCCUCCACCACCCAGGAGACCCCCACACGCAGCAUCGUAAAUAUCACGACAAAGAAAGAAAAUGACAAGGUGAUUGAGAUGGUGACCAAGCGCGAGACAUACUCCCCGCUCAUUCUGGCCAACACCUCCCCUCUUCCGGACGACUUCACCCGUCUCCCGCGCCGACGCCGCCAGGUCACCCCGCUGUUAACCUGUCUCCGCGCACUGUGGGAGUUCCAGAAGACGUCCAAUCAUAUGCCGACCUUUUCGCACCAGGACCUCGAGCUCUUCACCAGGCUCGCCCGCGAGGCUCACCAGGAGCUGAAGCUCGACAUCUCCACCCUAGACUCGGAGUUUCUGCGCACCUUCCUCCAGAAUCUCGGCAGCGAGCUCAGCCCCGUGGCCGCCUUUGUCGGCGGCAAGCUGGCCCAGGACGUGAUCAACGUGCUCAGCGCCCGCGAACAGCCCAUCCAGAACCUCCUCCUCUUCGACGGCGAGAAGUCCUUGUCUCCGAUCUACCCGCUCCAUCCGUUUUUCCCUCCCGAAGUCGGAAAUGUCCUCCCCGCCAUGCCACCCGUUGCGAAUCCGAUCCCAUUGGAUGCGGAGCCGGUCACCGGGCCGACCAUGACUCUGCCGUCACUCCCGCGUCCGGGCAAUUAG